CUUCAUCAUCCAACAACGUCUUCCGUUCAUGCAGGCUCCGUUGCACAUCCCUGCUCACCAGUCCCCCGCCUUCAACAGCAGCCUCGAGCUUCAAUCCAAGACUCGUUCCUAGCAAUCAGGCGAGGUACAUCCCAAGCAAGGUUUGAACAGCAUAUGUCCUCUUGAGUAUACGUCGUCUCUCCUUCCCAAUGAGAGAUUCGUUUGUCACAAGAGGUAGAUUGAAACCCGCUCCUUGCUUCAGCGUUACUAUUGACCAAUGCCAGGGUGCUUGUCCGUUUUCUGUGGGCUGGCGCUGGUGCUUGGGUUGGGACAUGCUUUCGUCGCCUACCGCCCCUUUCUUAUCGUCUCCAUCUUCUCUCAUUCAUGUCCCAGUUUUCACCAAGCUUCUCGAAAUGUUACUAAAGUCUCUUCUACUUCUUGAUGGAAGACUGUGCGCCCUUCCAAACGGUACCCUUCCAUAGCCCGACCGAUACGGAACGUAUAUCCCGUGCGCACCAAAUGUCGAAAGACAAAGCACGGCGGUCUAUUUGGUCCCCGGGGCAUGUUGGAUCUCGAAAGCUCUGCAUCGUGCAUGCCAACGUCUUGAAGUCAGUAAACAUCUCAUUCCUUCGUUGUAGCAUACGUACGAUAUUUCCUUUCUUGGAUUCUUCUACACAAUAAGACCACGAUCGGCGCGCUGGUCACGAAAAGUGCGAUGAGAGUGAUGACGGCCUCUCGCGUCCACGCCAUUUAUUUGAACGGUACAGGUCUCGUCCAGGAGGAUCGGAAAUCGUCAAGGUGGAAAGCUAUGGGAGCUAGUGCAAUGAUUGGGGUUCAGAGUAGCAAGGAGCCUUAUGUAGGCCUAUGUUCUGUAUGGGUAGAUGGCUCAAUACG